AUAAAUAGGACCAAAUUCAAAUAAAUCAGGACGUGUUUUAAAUAUAAUAAGAGAAUUUCAAAUGAGAACACUAAGACAGCCCGGUUUAAUAAAAUUAAAUAAAUCUUUAAAAUCUUUUAAAAUAAAAGAGAACAAUUCGUUUUUCUUUAAAAAAUACCAUUAGCAAAAUAUUAAUAUAACAUGAGUACCAAUGGAAGCCACUGUGGCUCUUUUUUCCAAUAUAAUAAAUUACUUUCGCUUCAGAGCGAGCAGACAAAAUCCGUCGGAGUCGGACGCCUGAUGUUUGGGAAGGGAAUCGUGUGGGACAGCUCUGGGACGUAAUUAUACCAAAAGCUGGUUUCUUCUAUAUAAAGAUGUUUCAUUCCCCUGUCUGUUUUAGAGCACGCUUUAUUUAUUUAUUUUUUGGACUAAAUUUAUUUAGAAAGCAGGUGCAUUUUACUUCAACUAUAUCUAUGGAAGUAAAUUUGUCCCAAAAGUAUUGAACGUCAUUUUUUUUUUUUUUCAAGUGAGAAAAUAAUGAGAGAGAAGAAAAACACUCUGAACCCGUCUGAGUUUUUUGUUUACGCUUUGUUUACGCUCCGCCGUUCUGGCAAAACCAAAACCUCGCGUGUGGGCGGGGCUUAACAGCGCUCUACUCUCAUUGGCUAGUGAGAUUUGGAUCGACAGCUCCCUGAUCGGGAAGUCGAGACUUCGGGGGCGUGAUUUUUGGAGAGCGUUCUGGAUGUAUUAUUCUGGUGUUUCUACUUUGUAGUGGAAAUGACUUACUUACGUAGACGGUAUAUUUAAUUCGGAAUUAAUAUUUUUUUCAGAUUGGCGUUGUCGUCGUCCUCCUCCUCCUCCUCCUCAGCUGAACACUCGAUCCAAAUCUCACUAGCCAAUGAGAGUAAACCACUGUUAAGCCCCGCCCACACGUGAGAUUUGCUCUGGCAGUGCAUUCAUGUACCUACAUGUAUAAAGUAUCUGAGUUUUGCACCCUUUGGCCUUCCAUAUCCGCUUCAAUCCACUUUCUCUCUCUCUCUCUCUCUUUCUCUCUCUCUCUCCCAGUGCCUCUGAGCCUCCAGUGCAGUUCAGAGUUUCAGAGCAACGCAGGAUGAGAUGCAGGACAGAGUCACUUUCACAUCAUGGAGAAGUUCUAGUGCCUUUAUAAAGCCAGAAACCACCGGAAGCCUCUUAAGGAAAAGGGAGACGAGCUGAAAUUUUGGCAGCAUGGGCAACUACCCUGGGAAAGAGCGGCAUGGAUCCACAGGUACAGCUGAUGCGUUUCAGACACCUUCCACAUCUCCGUCGUCUCCUCUCUCUCCUGUUUCACCUGGAAACGUCCAACCUUUCUCAAGCCCCGCCCACCCAGACCCUAACCUCUCCCCUGAGAGAACACCCUCCCCCACCACGACUGGCCCAGUUGACUGUCUGUCAUCAGACGGAGUUGGAUAUAAAAACCGAAACGCCCCUGUGGCUCUCAGAAAGCCCAGUGACGGUCAUAUAAUCCCCUACAAGCGGAGGCAGAAUUCAACAUCCACCUCACCUGUGCAGGUGGAGCCGCCCCUGAGUGGGCGGGCCGGUGAAGCCGGGGUGGAGCAGGCUCUUCUGCAUGAGUGUGUGGUUUCCUUGGGGCUCUGUGUGACAGACGAGAAGACACACACACUAUCGGAUUUGCUGCGGUGCCUUCUGACUGAGAGAGAGCAGAUGAAGGACGAGCUGAAGAGUCUGAAGGAAAAACUGCAGACAGAGCGUAGCGAGUGGCUGCAGUUCCAGUCUGACCUGCAGGUGGCGCUGGUGGUGGCCGACCGGCUGAGAGCCGAAGCCGAAGAAGAACUGAGCGCGCUCCGAGAGGCACGGGAGGACUGGGAGAGGAAGCUGACCGACUCCCAGCAGGGCCAGCGAGAGGUCGAAGGUCAAGUGGAGCGCCUAAAAGCAGAGCUCAUGCAAAGCAAACAAAGACUCAGCCAAAGGACAGAGACUCCAAGCCAGCAGGGGGCGACAGAAGGGUGUGUAAGGAACACAAUGGAGAGACGGGGGGAUGAGCAAAGGACAGGAGAGGAAAAGAGAAAAGAGAAAGAGGCAGGAACUACAGAAAAACUAAAAAAGCAGUCAGCGUCCCCCGCCAGCCUAGUAAAUGGUACAUCCCAGACGUCUUUAGCACUCAUCCCAAACCCUGUGAAGAAAACCACUCCAUCCAGAGAGAGGAAUGUGGACCUGCAUGAUAACCUGAUUAAUUUAUACAAAGAUAAAAAGGAGGACAAUCCAUCUUUACACCCGUCUCCUGUUAUAGACCUUUCUCCAAACAAAACGAGCAAGAUAAAGCCUCAGGAGGACUUCAGUAAGCUGCUCAGGCUUCACGGCGGAUCCAAACGCAACUCGCUCCUGCGCUGGAGUCAGAACCGAACCAGCGGAUACAAGAACAUCGAGAUCACGAACUUCAGCAGUAGCUGGAUGGACGGCUUGGCUUUCUGUGCCGUGUACCAUAGUUACCUCCCAUCACACAUUCCCUACAACACGCUCAGGCCGGAGAACAAGAAAGAAAACCUCUUGCUGGCAUUUCAGACAGGAGAGAGUCUGGGAAUCGCCGCGUCACUGACCUCAGACGAGAUGAUGAAGUCCGAAGGCCCCGACUGGCAAAGGGUUCUGGGAUACGUGGAGAGCAUAUACCGCCAUUUUGAGAUGUGACCUCUUUGGAAGGUUUUAGAAUUCUCCUCCUGGUUUUUCUGGAGCUCUGGCGUCGUUUGAAAACCGUUCCAAACUUCUCGUCGGACAUCAGCGAGAUCGGUUCCACGAGCCGGCUUCGCGUCUGAGCUCCACCGUGUGGAGAAACGAUCGGAUGGUGGGAAAAAAAAAAAAAAAAAACAGAAAUGGAGAUCAGUCCUGAGUGCCAGUGGAUCCCAAAAAAGCCAAUAAUAUUGUGAUGCAAAUUAGUAAUGGGAAAUGUUUGGGUUUUGUUUUUAACAUUGAUUUAAAAAGAGGAACAUUUAACUUGAGCAUAUAAUGAAAGAACUGUGCUAGUGUUGCACUCGGGAGCGUGCUGUUAUAGGAAAAUAA